UGCCCAGUGUACUGCAGAAGAAUUGAUCUGAAAAAAAAUGUGAUGGGCAGGCGAGGCUUAAAAAUGUCGUGAAUUUUGAUAUUUCGUGGUCAUGAGCGACAGUGUGUCAAUAUCGCUUGAUUCGCAUCCUGUGAAGCGCGGCAGCUGACCCAUCGCACCUCAAACCAGACUGGAUGAUAACGGCGAUUCUUUUUUCCCCCAAAUUUUGACAGACAGGCGCCGGUGGCUGCGUUCGUCGCCAGGACUCUAUAUAUAGAAGGGACGGUUUCCAAACUGGUUAAGGUUUGCCAACGACAACGAAGAUGGCAGUACUACUCACACUUUCGGUCCUCCUUGCGACAUCGGCAGCGAUAGUGAGCGCCGGAUGUCCCGGCAGCUUUAUCGAGAGUCCUUAUGGAGGCAACUGCUACGAGGUGCACAGAAGUAAGAAAUACUACUGCAAGGACGCCCGCAACAUCUGUCAAAACGAUGGCGCUUGGCUGGUCUCUAUCCGAGACGGAGAUUCAAUGAAAUGGAUCAACGGCUUGUACAAGGAGUACAAGCGGAGCCCAUGCAAUCAAUAUUACUGGAUUGGAGCAAACGACCUAAACAAAGAGGGCCAUUUCGUUUGGCAGGAGGACGGCAACGAGAUAAAGUAUCACUUCUGGGAGGGAGGCGAGCCGAACAACAAGGACAACGAAGACUGCGUCCGCGUCAACAGCGACAAUUUUGAGUGGAACGACGAAGACUACGACCGUUCCAGAGAGUACUGCUUCGUCUGCGAAAAGUACCCAACAUUUCUUUCGGAAGAUUCCGAAUGAAAAUAAAAAUCUAUCUUACGAUAGUCUGACAAAUACGUUCCUUGAAAACCUUCUUAAAAUUCCAGUAGGGGGCCUACUCAUUAAAAUUCGUCCAUAAUUUACAGGAACUAAGAUUUAAAAGUUGUUUCAAGCCCACCAAUCCGAUGACCGAUCACUUUAAUUUAUAUAACGCUAGAUAGAGAUAGAGAUUGAGAUUUCUCACAAACGGUUGGUUCUGUUGGUACGUACACUCUUUCUGACUCAAUAAUAACAUUUAUUCGCGUGCAUGGAUCAAAACCACAUUGCAAAUAAGCAUAAGUCUAAUGAUACGCUUCACUGAUAGCCUACUCUCUAAAUUCCAAAGAAAGAAAUUAGGGACUGGAGGUUUUAGAGUGAAAUCACUCUCAUUUUUGAUUGACUGAAAAAUGAACCACUUCAGUCGAAGCUCGAGUGAAACCUAGAUCUUUACG